AAAACCAAAAAACCGUCCAAGUGGAAUAUAUUCCACAAUCACCCCAAUCACACAUCUCAAGUGCAAUAUUACCCUCCAACGUUCAUUCCUCCGUUUAUAGCCAGUAUAUAUUUUUAAAAAGACCAUCAUUGGGAUUACCCCCACCCCAUCCUCUUCAUCCUCAACCAAUAUUCCCCCACCCGAAUUCCCCCAGCUCCACCCCUUUCCCACUCCAAAAUAGACUCGUCCAAUUUUCCCUCUCCCUCUCUCAAUAUCAAUUACAAUGAGAAAAAAAUCUAAGCCCUCAUAUCUUAUUAAAAAACUCACCCCCAAGAGCCAAAAAAUUUCACCAAAGGCCCAUAAAAAAUACUACAGUGAUAAAAAAAUUCAAGAUAACGCGUAAAACGAUUAAACAAGUCAUUGAAAUCGUUGGACUCAGCCAUUUUGUACGUGGGGAUGUCGGGGUAGACUCGUCCCGAGGUGACGGUGGAGCCACUGUUUGUUUACCCGGUCAGCGAUCACCAUCGUGAGUUCUCCUCGUAAAGGCGGGAACAACAGUCUCAUUUCACCUGCAAACAGUUGAAUCGAUCCGAAUAAAAAUCGUCAAAUUAUUAAAAAGGUAUAAAUCGGUGAUUAGUGCUGUAAUUAUCGGAGAAUUGUUUGAAAUAGACUGGACUAUUCACCCCAUACGAUUGCCCGCCAAUACGAUCUUACGAGAGAGAGCGGGAAUAUCACGUGACUACUAGUGACCAAUGAGAUAGAUGGGAUUUGAAAAUCGUGCGUGGUCUUUGUUCACGAGUCGGCCGUCAACGUAACUUCAGUUCCGUGAAGGGGGCCCUGUGUCGGUGAUCCGUUUUUAUACAUGGUUGUCUGGAGGACUUGGCAAUAUCCCAAUUAAACAUUAUUCCAUCGUUAAUACAUGUGUUAAAUUUGUGAUUUUAACGGAUUAUAUCGUCGAUACGUUGCGUCAACAAUACGUCGCUUGAAUGUUGGAUACAGAGAGUAGACAUAGCACUGGGCUAGAUCAGGGACCUACGAGGGACCCUUGGCUCACAAUGGACUAUUACCUCGGCACCGACAGUCUAUCUCUCCAAGAGAUGCUUGACGUCGACAUAAAAUGUGAAAUUGAGGGUGUCAUCGGUGGACAUCCAGAGUUGGGAUUCAAUUUCACGGAUCUGUCACCUCUGGAGAUGGACGAUGAUCCCGUUGGAUGCCAGGGUGAUAUCAACGGUUGGUUUGGAUCAACGAGUUUACUCAAUGGCAACAGCAACAGUUCACACAGUAAUUACAAUCUUGACAUCAGCGGAGGCGAUGCAGCAUCAGUAAUGGUAAAUCCGAAUUCAGUAAUGCCACAUAUCACAACGAGAUCUCCAACGCCAAAUGAAACCCAGACAUCCUCCAUGAUAAAAACGUCGGCCACGGCAUUACCAGCUAGACGAAAUUUUCUCAUAUCAGCGAAGAACAACGCCAAGAAACAGAGGAUUGAGAUGGAUCAUAACGAGGUAGCCAACGACAAAUACGACAAUGACAUAACCGAGACAGAAGAUGAAGAGGAAGGUGAUGAGGAUGAAGUGGAUGAGGAUGAGGAAGACGAUGAGGAGGAAGAGGAUGGUGAUGAAGAGGAGCUGGAGGAAGAGGAUGUGGAUGAGGCUGAGGACUCGGAGGAGGAGCAUGAGAAUAAAAUAAACAUCAGUACUAUGAGAAUAAAGUGCAAACCUCAGCAACAACUCUUGAACAUAAACUCAGGAAUGAUCAAGACUUUGUCACCGCAGAGUGUUGGAAAAUCAACGACUACUCAAAAAGUUAAUUCCUUCUCGCACAUUAGAGUUGGCAAUUUCAAGCUCGUUCAAAGUACCACUGGCCACACACCCCAUCACAUCAGAAAACAGAUAUAUAAUAAUAAUAUACAUCAUGUUGCACCUGGUGCUGUAUCAUCACCACCGGCAUUGAAGAAGGAAUUUGAUCCGCUCGAGUACGAGGAGAAACCAUAUCCAAAACCUGCCUAUUCUUAUUCCUGUCUUAUUGCUAUGGCACUCAAGAACAGCCAGACUGGAUCACUACCAGUAUCCGAAAUUUAUAAUUUCAUGUGUGAGCACUUCCCCUACUUUAAGACGGCCCCGAACGGUUGGAAGAACUCAGUACGACAUAAUUUAUCGCUGAACAAAUGUUUCGAGAAGAUAGAGAAGCCGGCUGGCAACGGUAAUCAGAGAAAAGGAUGCCUGUGGGCCAUAAACCCCGCAAAAGUAGCUAAAAUGGACGAGGAGGUGCAAAAAUGGUCGAGGAAGGAUCCAUUGGCGAUAAAAAAAGCAAUGAUAUAUCCAGAUCACCUGGAGCUCCUGGAGCGUGGAGAAAUGAAAUACGCUGGUAACGGUGGUGACAUGUCCGAAGAGACUGAGAGCUCUGGUGAUGAGACAGCUGAAGAAAAUGUUGUGUACAAUGAGCCAGCCCUCGGUCACGUUGCUGCCAACUCAGUCACUGACAGUUAUGACGAGAGCAGUCAGGACUGCGACGUUGACAUCACCGAACACCUCUACGAUGACUUAGAAAUUGAGGAAAACAAAGAAUCACUGCACAUGCAACUCAAUAUCUCCAAACAAAAGUCAUUCGAGUACGAACUCAGUCCGAGUACAAUGAAGAGGCAAAAAAAUGUCGGCGGAACAAUACAGGGAAAUUACGUUUAUCAAUCAGUAACACCUUCACGCAGGAAAACUCCCCUUCUCGUUAGAACUCCAACGACAAACGGUACUUUUCUCAAAAUCGAGUAGAUUAUAACAAUUUAUUUUUCAUCCUCCUCGUCCUCUCUAACUCGAUACAUAAAGAUCUCACUGGGAUACAGAGGAGUUUGUGCAUCUGAAGUGAAAAUGAUAAAUCGUUAUCGAUUAUAACGAUGCAUACUAUUUUUCCUCUGGCAACCGCAACCCCUCCCUCCCCCUCCCCGUAAUUUUUAAUUAUUGAAUUAUAAAUUAAUAUUUUUGUACGUACUCAGGCUGUGUAAAGAAAAAUGCAAAAAUUAAUCUUUUUUUACUUCAGUUGGUGUAUCUAUACGUAAUAUGUAGAUUUGCUAACGAUUUUUUAUACCAUCUUUGUCAUUAAAGUCAUAAAAGUUACUAAAACGUACGGUUAAUGGAAGGAAUGUUAAUAGCAAGUUUUAUACGCAUUUCAUCGAGGUAAUUGGUCAACUGUUUAAACUUCAUACAUUAAAAUCAAGUGUUACUAUUUCUCAGGAAAUAUCAUCAAUGUCAAUCAGACUUUAUUUCAGUUUUUGUCAAUUACACUUAUAUUCCUAUUCUACAUGGAGAGAAACAGAGAGGGCGAUGAGCUUCUAACAAGUUCGAUAAAUGUAAAAAAUUAAGAGAAAAAAAGGGAAAAAAAAUAUAUAACACAGUUCUUCCUCGUAAUCAAUCAAACUGAGUUGGUUUCAGUUGUAUAUUCAUCAAGUUCACUUAAAACUUAUUGUAUAUGAUUAGUCUCGGCUGUCAACACAGAUUUAUACAUCCAUGUAUCACUUGAAUUCCUCGGUAGCACGAAUGCAUUGAAAGAAUCCAAAAUCCACAUUAAAAAAAAGAAUACGCAGCUCAGUAAUGGAAACAGAGAGCAAGAGAGAGAGAGAGAGCAAAAGAGAGAGAGAGAGAGAGAGAGAGAGAGAGAAAAGAAGGUCUCAAAAGAAUGUAAUUUUGCAAAGCAGCGAAUAAAAUUGUAAUCAUUAAUAAGUAUUUGGACAGCCCCAAAUGGCCAGACUGAUGUAUUAUAAAGUUCUUUAUACAUACUUUAUAUAUAAAAACCUAUAUACACUGCGUAUAUAAACUCGAUCGAUAAGUGUAGAUGAUUUUGCAAUUGUAUACCUGAAAACAAUAAUUACUAGGUUCUUUUUUUUUUUCUCGCAGAUUACAUAAUUAGUACAAAUAAUAAUACAGAGGUAACAGUCAAUUGAAACUGAAUUGUACAGGAUCAAUAAAUGACAAUGAAAAAACAAUCACUUCAAUAGAGUUAAUGUUAAGUUAUCGAGAUUGAUCUGCGAUGGUUAAAUGUGUUUAUGAUUGUGGAAUGAAACUGAAUGGAGAGGUGAAAAAUUGAUGACCCCGUUGGCAAACGUUCAGUGUCUAAUUUAUGUCUUUGAGGUAGUGAGGAUGGAAAAUCUGGUGAACAAUUAUUUCUACAGCAGCAAUACGUUACAUCUGUUGGAUAUAUUUUUUUUUUUUACUUAAAACAAAGAUUUGGUGUUCACAGGCACUACAGUAUUGCCCUGAUUGGCAAUCGUUACUGAUAUUGCGAGAAAAUAUUGUAUUACAUUGUCAAGAGCAGUAUUUCAAGCUCUCCGUCGAUUGUGUCGUUAACAAUCACCAUAAUGUAUUAUUAAUCAUAAGUUUGUACAGUGAUUGUAUAUACUUGAUAGAGAGGUAGAGCAAUGGAACUAUUUCGGUACCAUUAGUUAGUUUGUAAAAUUUUUUCAUUUAUUUCGUAAGAAAAAAUAUUAAAAAAUAGAAAAAAAAAAUACCAGGAGAAUGGCAUUUAACAGCGGUUAAUGAGUGAAUUGAAAUGUCGUUAACUGCAUUUUGCUACGUGUAUAUCUCAGUAAUAAUAAAUAUCUCUUUGUAAUUUGUCACAAAAUAUUUGU